AUGUAUCAACCUCCUGGCUUCCGCGAUCCUGUACACCCUGAUUAUGUUUGCUUGCUCAAGAAGUCUCUUUACGGGCUUAAGCAAGCCCCUCGUGCAUGGUACCAGCGUUUCACCGAUUGUGUGGCUACAUUGGGCUUCUCCCAUAGUGUUUCAGAUCAUUCCUUGUUUAUUUAUCGCCGUGGUAGCGAUAUGACAUAUAUUCUUCUUUAUGUGGAUGACAUUAUUCUUACGACUUCUUCUGAUGACCUUAGACAGUCCAUCAUGUCUAAUCUUAGUUCCGAGUUUGCAAUGAAGGACUUGGGUCCUCUCAGCUUUUUUUUGGGUAUGUUUGUUACGCGACAUUCAGGGGGUCUCUUUCUUUCACAAAAGAAAUAUGCCGAAGAAAUUAUUGAGCGAGCUGGUAUGUCUUCCUGCAAUCCCUCCCCUACGCCUGUGGACACCAAAGCAAAACUUAGUAUCUCCUCAGGUAAUCCCUAUCAUAAUCCGACUGAAUAUCGUCGUCUUGCUGGAGCCUUACAAUAUUUAACUUUUACACGGCCAGACAUUUCUUAUGUUGUUCAACAAGUGUGUUUGUUUAUGCAUGAUCCGAGAACACAACAUAUGUCUGCUUUGAAGCGAAUCAUUCGCUAUAUUCAAGGCACUCUUGAGUUCGGUCUUCACCUUUAUCCCUCUUCGCUUAGCAAGCUUAUCUCCUAUACCGAUGCGGACUGGGGUGGAUGUCCAGACACCAGACGGUCAACUUCAGGUUACUGUGUAUAUCUUGGGGAUAACUUAAUUUCUUGGUCUGCUAAACGACAACCUACUUUAUCUCGCUCAAGUGCUGAGGUCGAAUACCGUGGGGUGGCUAACGUCGUUUCUAAAUCUUGUUGGAUUAGAAACUUACUUUUGGAGCUACAUUGUCCUGUUUCGAAAGCCACUUUGGUCUAUUGUGACAACGUCAGCGCUAUAUAUCUUUUAGGCAACCCCGUUCAACAUCAACGUACUAAACACAUUGAAAUGGAUAUACAUUUCGUACGUGAGAAAGUCGCUCGUGGUCAGGCUCGUAUUCUUCAUGUUCCUUCCCGAUAUCAAAUAGCCGACAUCUUUACUAAAGGGCUUCCGCUACAACUUUUUGAUGAUUUUCGGGAUAGUCUCAACGUACGCCAACCUCCCGUUUCGACUAAAGGGGUGUAUUAG